AAGUGGCGUAGGAAGCAGCUUCUCGGAAAAGUUGUUCGUUGAGAAACUGAGCGCAGUACAAAGGUUAUGUCUACGGUUGUCGCAUGGUCUGAUUGAAAUUCGUCUAUGAUCAAUAUUCCUUCUUCCUUUCUGGUUGCUAAGAAGUGUCUCGAUGCCCGGAGAAGUCGUCGCAGACGAAGCUUUCGUAAGUCUUGUGACUAACAACAGUUACGCCAAUGGCGCGCUUGUUCUCGGCUACUCCCUCAGACGAGUCAAUACCACAAGAAAGCUGGUUCUUCUCGUUGCUAAAGAAGUUCUGGAACCGACCAGGCAACACCUUGCCCGAGUUUGGGAUCACUUAGAAAUUGUGGAUGUUCUUGACAGUGGUGAUGCUGUAAACUUAGCACUCUUAUCGAGACCAGAGCUUGGUAUAACCUUUACAAAAAUUCACUGUUGGAACUUGACACAGUAUAGAAAGUGCGUGUUCUUAGACGCUGAUACUUUAGUGGUUCAGAACUGUGAUGAACUCUUUGAGAGGGAUGAGCUGUCAGCUGUUCCAGAUAUCGGCUGGCCUGACUGUUUCAAUUCUGGUGUAUUUGUGUUUGAGCCAUCCAGAGCAACCUAUGAAGCUAUCUUGGAGUAUGCUGUUCAGAAUGGAAGUUUUGAUGGUGGAGAUCAAGGACUUCUGAAUUCAUUUUUCAGCAACUGGAGAACAGCACACAUAUCUCGGCAUUUGUCAUUUAUCUAUAACAUGAAUUCCAAUGCCAGUUACACUUAUGCUCCAGCUUUCCAACAGUUUGGUAGAGAUGUAAAAAUAGUUCACUUCAUAGGGCCUCUUAAACCCUGGCAUUACACAUAUAACUCUGAGACCGGCAAUGUGUACACGCCAUCUAGAGGUCAGGGUUAUGUUCCACACGAGCGAACUUUCCUGCAGCUAUGGUGGGACAUUUAUGUCACUUUUGUGCAGCCUGAAAUGAGACAAUGCCAUGGUGGCGGAGGUGGAGACUCUUCACGCAGUGAUCAUUUCCAGCCUGCACCGCACUAUCCCCCUCAGCACCAUUUUGAACACACUCCACCCCCUCAUCAAUUUGAACAUGAACCUUUCAUACCCCCACCCCCACCCCAACAGCAUUAUGAAACACCACAUCACCCUAACCCACCCCCUCAACAUCAUGAAUCUCCACACCACCCCCAACAGGAAAACCAUCCACCCCCACCCCCUCCUCACAGCUGGCCAACAGAGACGCCUCAAGGUUUUCAAGAUGUUCCAGCAAUUAAACAUGAGGAGGAAGGGCUAGCCAAUGGAUUGUCAGAUAUUUACAUCUCAGAUCAUGUUGUCUUGGAUUCAAACCCAGAGGUUCAAGAAAUUUCACAUCAACAGGCAUGGGAAAGAGGCGAAAUUGAUUACAGAGGUCGCGACAAGUUUGAAAAUAUCCAGAAGAAGAUUCAAGAAUCUAUAAAUGUGUUGAGAGAUCCCACUGAGGCACCCAUGGUUUUGUUUUAAGAGGCAAAAGAGGGCACUGUCCUCAAGAUUUCAUGUUAGAAUUUUCCUUUUAUGAGAGAACCUUAGAGAUGGAGGCAGUUGUGGCCAAGAAUGAAGGGUCAGUGUGUGGUGUUAAAUGAUCACCAGUUAUGUUGUAAAGAUUGAAACCAAAAAAAAGAUGAUCCCAUUGAUUGGGCAAACCUUUCUCUUGUAUUGAAUACAGUUGAGUAAUAUAUUUGAAAGGAAUUGUUUGUUUUACCUGGUAUAUAAACCCAAAAUUUUAUUGUAACUUGUGGGAAAUGCACAGGGAGUGAAACCAAAAACAAAAGCAUAAAAGUGAUGAUCCCAUCCAUCGUGCAAUCCUUUCUCUUGUGUUGAAUACAACAGAAUAAUAUAUUUGAAAGGUAUUGUUAGUUAUACCCUGCUCAUAAACCCAAAGGUUACUAUAAUUUUUGACAAAUGCACUGAAAAUUAAAAUUAAUAAAAUUGAAAACAAAUUCAUGUUACAGGAUCAAUGUUGAUAUCUGAGCAGCUGUGUACCUACCCCUCCCCUAUCCCAACAACAGUCAAUUGAUAACAAAUUAGGGUUAAUGUUGGAUUAGGGGAGGGGUAGGUGUACAGUUGUUUGGAUACUGACAGUGAUAUAUAGUAGUCUGUAUUUAACUAAGUAUUUUUGGUUUUGUGUCUUGUUUGUGAAAUCUAAAUUCACCCCACUCUGGGUUCGAGUAUU